GACUCCAUGUUUACAACCACUUAAACUCUCUUUUUAUGGAGUGUAAAUGUUUAAUGUAUGAAAUAUAAACAAUCUCCCCGAUUAGGACACACAGGGGUUUCUUUUCAGGAAGGGGGGACUUUCAAAUCCUUUGAAAGUUUUUCCUUUGCAUCACAAACCCUUAGGAAAAGAAAGAGGAGGAGAAAAAAAAAAGAAAAACAGUCUUUAGGGAAAGAGGAGAGAGAGAUGGAGGGGGUUGAAGCUCGGUUUCAUAUGUCCUGAAGGAGGAGGAGGAAGGAGGUUUCAGUUUAACACACUUUAGCGUUGUCGAGUCCCACAAAAGAACAGACACGCAACCGGUGGAGAGCGACACGAAUGGAACACUGCAACAUUCUAACAAUGGAACGCUGCGACACUGUAACGUUUGUUUUGUUUGAGGACGCCGCUUAAAAUACACGCCGACAGCCGGAGGAGUUCCAAACGGAGAAUGUGGAUUGGGUUCGAAGCAGCUGAGUGUGCAUAUUUUUGGAUACGGUUAUACCGAGAGGAAACGGGGGGAAACCGUCGGAAUAAUAACGACAAUAUGCGGCGCCGUUUACAUUCCGCAAAAACAAGUUUAGGAAAGAUGAUAUGGAAAAGUUCGAUUUAAAACGCGAGUGUCACUAACAGAGCCAAUGUGGGGUUCUUCGAAGCGUUGUGUUAUAAUGUUCUCAUCUUCUGUUAUGGAUUUCUGACGUUAUUCGUUGCUUCUGUGUGACCGCAACACUACUGCAAAUGCCACGAGAAGAUGAUUGGAUUUCAUAAAGGUCAUUACGCGUUGGGAGUUCUUUCAAUCACACUUGCUUGGACUUGUAUGUGGUUCUGGUUAAACUGAUCGUUGAUGGCUGUUUCUGGUCGGAUUUACUCUCCACCGGCUGAUCUGGGGGGAUCGAUCCGCCUGAUUCACCCUUUCCAGCAUCUACAGGAGGAGGACGAGCUCGGGACGAGAGAGAGGCUGGUGGUUUUGGACCUGGACUGUUUUGAAGAUUCGGCUUUUAUAUCUGGACCUGGAUUAUAAAGCCAGUUCCCUGGAAAUCGUCCGCGUCUUGUGUGCUGUUUGCCUGCGUGAGGGUUUCGCAGGCAGGGAUGCAGUUGAAUCGACCCAAGAGCGCGCAUCUCAUCAGCUCCAGUCCGCACAGUUCAUCAUCUUAUUCCAGUCAGUUCAAAAGCAUGCGCUUCUCAUACCACAUCAGCAGCGGUUUACCAAGUCCACAACCUGCCCUGCGCAGAUCAGGCCCAUCCUCCACCAGUCCACGGCUUCUAACCAAGAGUCUGUCUCUUGAGCCAGGCCCCUGCCUCGGAGCCCACGAGACCCCACAGCGCCUCUGCUCUGACCCUGGACCCCAGGAAGCACAGGACUGCAAUGGCACAAGUGAGGAUGGACCUCAGGACGUCCCGGCUCCACCCCCUAAAACACGCCCACCUUUACCUGGGCCAAAGCCUCAAGUGCCCCCGAAACCCCCUCAUCUCCAGCAACAGAGCGCUCAACGGCCACGCCCCCCGGACAAGCCCCUCCCACCACCACCCUCCCGCCCACUCCCCGCCGACCCCCGCCAAUCACGCGCCACCUUACCGAGAGCAGAGGGAAGCUCCUCCCCCACUUGUGUCCUCUCGCUCAUCGAGAAGUUUGAGAGAGAGCAGAUCAUUGUGGUCCCAGAUAUCACUGGGGGAGUGAUGUGUACCCCACGGGUCCCCGAACAGCAGGCCGCUUCUGGGUCUGAGUUCAUCCUGCCCUGCACGUUCCUUCAGGAUCCACUAGAGGCGCCGCUGGCCGAGGAGGAGGUCGAGAAGGAAGAUGAGGUGGAUGAAACCGAGGAGGAUGACCGUGAACUCGGGGCGACCUGCUCAGAAAAGCGUCUCUCUAUGGAAUCAGGCUAUGGUGCCUCUGAUAAACUGCUGGACACCAUGGAAAUGAGGGACCUCACAGCCAACCAAUCAGAAAUCCCCUCGGAACGCUUGUCCCUCCCUCCGUCACAGAUGGAUGGCAAGCUUGCCAAUAGAGACAGUGGUAUCGACAGCAUCAGCUCGCCCUCACACAGCGAGGAGCUCUGCUUCGUCGGGGACGAGGAUCGGGUUGGUCACGAGAGGGAGAUUUGCCCCUGCAGUCCAGGGCCCGGGCUUCCUUGCAGCUAUGCCGAGGGGCCUGAAGGAGAGGGGGCCAGCGGUGUGGAGGGGGGCAGAGACUCAGAGGGAGACAGUGAUAUGGAGGAGGGCAGUGGGGAUGAGAGUGAGAUGAACCCCAUGGCUCUUCAACCUCUGCCUAAAGCUGAACGACAGAACUCCGUUGAGCUGUCAGUCCAGCAGCGGGUGUUUAAUAUUGCUAAUGAGCUGCUGCAUACAGAGAAGGCUUACGUGUCCAGACUGCACCUCCUGGACCAGGUGUUCUGCGCCCAGCUGAUGGAGGAGGCCCGAGCUCGCAGCUCCUUCCCCUGUGAGGUGGUCAUGGGUAUCUUCUCCAACAUCUGCUCCAUCUACUGUUUCCACCAGCAGUUCCUGCUGCCCGCGCUAGAGAAACGCAUGGAGGAAUGGGAUCUGAACCCCCGCAUCGGGGACAUCCUGCAGAAACUGGCACCUUUCCUGAAGAUGUAUGGCGAGUACGUGAAAAAUUUUGACCGGGCCAUGGAGCUGGUGAACACCUGGAUGCAGCGCUCCUCUCAGUUCAAAGCCAUCAUUCACAACAUCCAGAAAGAGGAGAUGUGUGGGAAUCUUACCCUACAGCACCACAUGUUGGAGCCUGUGCAGAGGAUCCCUCGCUACGAGCUCCUGCUCAAAGACUAUCUGCACCGCCUGCCAGAGGACGCAGACGACUUCAAAGAUGCUAAGAAAUCUCUGGAGCUGAUCGCCACAGCGGCGGAACAUUCAAAUGCUGCCAUCAGGAAAAUGGAGCGCAUGAGAAAGCUGUUGAAAGUGUACGAGUUGCUCGGUGGAGAAGAGGACAUUGUUAACCCGACUAAUGAGCUCAUCAAAGAGGGACACAUCCUGAAACUGUCAGCGAAAAACGGGACAUCACAGGAUCGAUACCUCAUUCUGUUCAAUGACAGAUUGUUGUACUGCGUUCCCAAACUGAGGCUGAUAGGACAGAAGUUUGGAGUGCGAGCACGGAUUGAUGUAGACGGGAUGGAGCUGAAGGAGACCAGCAGCAUGAACGUACCGCGAACAUUUCUGGUGUCGGGAAAACAACGUUCCCUAGAACUGCAAGCGAGGACGGAAGAGGAGAAGAGAGACUGGAUUCAGGCGAUCCAGGCCACUAUACAGAGACACGAACAGACGCUGGAGACCUUCCGGAUGCACAACUGCUCGUUUCGGGAGGAGGACUUCACUCCUCCAAACUCUCCGAACUGCACAGAGCUUGGAAAACGAGCGCCCACUCCAAUCCGGGAGAAAGAGGUCACGCUGUGCAUGAAGUGUCAGGAGCCUUUCAACUCGAUUACCAAAAGACGGCAUCACUGCAAAGCCUGUGGACAUGUGGUGUGUGGGAAGUGUUCGGAGUUCCGUGCCCGUCUGUUAUAUGAUAACAACCGAGCCAACCGUGUGUGUAUAGACUGCUACACCAUGCUAGUGGGAGUGCCGCCCUCUCCGGCCAGUCUGAGCAACAGCACACAGAGACGCCGCUCCAUUCUAGAGAAACAAGCCUCAGUGGCAGCUGAGAACAGCGUGUUGUGUAGUUUCCUUCAUCAUGUGGAGAAAGGAAGUGGACGUGGGUGGCAGAAGGCCUGGUUUGUCAUCCCUGACUCUGAGCCUCUGGUGCUGUACAUCUAUGGUGCUCCGCAGGAUGUCAAAGCCCAGCGCAGUAUUCCCCUCAUUGGGUUCGAGGUGUCUUUACCCGAAUCAAGUGACCGUCUAGAACGACGCAACGCCUUUAAAAUGAGCCAGAGUCAUUUGACCGUUUACUUCAGUGCCGACUGUGAGGAACUGCAGCGACGUUGGAUGGAGGUCUUAUCGAGAGCCGGCAGGGGUGAGGAGCUGCAGUCAAACGGUCCAAUAUCCGAGGCCCUCGAGGAAGAAGGGGAGGAGCCAGUACCUACGGGAGAAAGCACAUGAUUGGCUGAAAAUAUGAUGUCAUUUUGCACACACAAACUGUACAAAUGUGACCACACCGACAGGAUAUAAUAGACAAACACACACACACACACACAUAUACCUUCUCUCUUACACACAUCUGUAUUAAUUGUCAGUUGUAAAUUGCAUGAAUUAUCUACAGGUACGUUUCUCUGUGUAUUGCUCAUCUUGUGUGAGUGACCAGUGUUUGGAACAAUCUGACAAAAGCGCGCACACUUUAAAGACGACUUGAUAACGUGCAUCAACUCUUUCGGCCGCUAGCAGUUUCUAUGUUAGAUCGACUGUUUCUGCCAAAUCUCGAGGUGUUGUGGUGGUUUCUCGACUGAGGCUAUGGUUUUGCGAAGUGAGAUGGUUCUGCUGUUUGGUGGCUGUGUGUGAAUGUUUGGCCUGGCUUCAUGAAAAGUUUAGGUGACCUAGAGAGUCUACAGUGAAGUACCCUAGUUUACAUGACCAGAAGCUGGAGGGAAUGAUUGAUUUAGCUGGGUUUAAAUCAGUAAAAGUCAGUGGACUUUGAAUCCUGCCAUAUUAAUGGCAAUAAUCUGCUUGGUAAGAGGAUCAAAUUCUGGAUUUCACAUUUCGAUUACUUGUAAAACAUCGGCUAUUGCAUUUAGUAGUGGACUGUGACAGGAUUGGACAUAUGAACUGUUGUUCAGCUAUGCAAGCCUGUGUUUACCUCAGAAACAUAGUAUACAUGUGUGGUAAUCAGGAACUGCUGGAACAUAGCAGGAAUAUUUAUUAAGAGGGUUUUAACCACUCACAACCACAGAAAUAUGUGCUUCCUGUUGACUUCAAGGUCCUUCAGCACAGACAACACUAACAAAUUUAGUCUGCCACCUAGAGGACGCUUAUCAUAGCUCGCACACAUUCUAGGAGUGAAUGUCAAGAACAUGUCAACCUAAAUUUAAUACCAAUUAGGAUACUUUAUCUUGCUUGUGAGUAAACUAAAUGAAGCUUGUUUUAAUGACCAUUAAGUUUUUUGUUGCACUGUGACAUGGUUUAUUAGUACAAACCUCAUAACUGUAAGGUGAAAUAAAUUAAUUUAUGCUGAUUUAAAGUAAGGAGAAUCGGAUAAGAACUAUUGAGAAUAAUAGGUAUUACAAAACAUCUUAAUUGUAAUUCAAAUAAUAUGUCAUGAUGUAAAAAUAAAACUUAAUGGA